AUGUUUGGAAAUCAUUCAGACGUAGAUAAGUUGGAUUAUUGGAGUGAUUUUCUUGUUGAGCAGCUGAGACCAGUUUUAAUGAUAAUUUCAGGCUAUUUAGUUCUUGGUACCGUGGGGAACGUGUUUGUUAUGUAUAUUUACUGGUUCGGCAACAAAACAUCAGGCGAAGACCGCUUCUUUAUACCGUUUCUUGCCUUAUUUGAUCUUUGUGCAAAUGCAGUGUGCUCUGGUUCUGAAAUUAUAACGGAAGUGAAUCCCUUACGUUUUGACAGUGAUAUCGUGUGCAGACUAAUGGCAUUGUCAAGCAUAGCAUUUGUGACUAUGUCCUCUCACCUUCUUCUCCUCAUCACCAUCGACCGCUAUCUCAAGAUCUGUACACCGUUUAAGUCACAGAUGACACUCAGAAGGAAAAAAAUCGCUCUUGUUUUCAUCGUCUUUGCUGGAACUGUUGUGGCAUUGCCUUCUUUAGGAUUAUACGGGUCCGUGGCCGUGACGAUGUGGGAAGGGAACGUUACAGGAAGGCUGUGUAUCAAUGUCCCGUCAGGAGAGACAAGAAUAUGGCAUCUGACUUACAAAACAGUGAUGUUUUUAUACGGGUCCGUUCAUUUUCUAGCGUUAGUUGUGUUAUACAUACUAAUGUUAAGGUCCAUAUACAUCCAAAGCAGAACACGUCAUCGGCUACAAUCUUGCCAGUGGCAGCGUCCUACACGUGGGACACAAGUCCGAGAACAAACGAAAAUAGUGUCACAAUCAGACAAAAGAGCAGGAGAGAACUGUGUUACAGAUACACCUGGACACACCUCUUCUUAUUCCAUAGCGACUAUCAGUGACGGGAUGAUGGUCCCAGGAAAUCUCCCGGGAGGUGAAAUGGAACCAGUAACUAAUAAUAGAUCCAACUACAGUCUGGACGUGUCUUGUCAGGAUGAUGGAGGUAGACUGAUGGUAAAGAGUGAUACAGUAGAUACACAAACUAACCAAAACAGAGCAUCAGAUAUUCCAGGAUUACAAAAACAGGAUGCCAAACUUGUGAAAUCUACUAAACGCUUCAAAAUCAAGGGUUUGCGACUAACGUUAGUUUUUCUAGUUAUCUCUAUCGUUUAUGCUAUAACUAUCGGUUUAAAACUUGUUCUAAUGACCAUUGAAUCUGCCAAGGAAAACUUCUGGAUUACAAUGACUCCGUCGGAAUUCGUCUGGUUUAGAUUUUUGUACUGUGUCUUUGUAGUCAACUUUAUCGUCAAUCCGUUUGUAUAUGGUUUCCUUGAUCGAAAAUUUCAGCAAAUCGUGAGGAAACAGUGUACUUGUAGAUGA